AGUUUAUCAAUCUGAAAAAAAAGUCCAUCGUCAUUUUGCCUUUCUUUCUUAGCCAUUUUGUACAAUAUCUUGAAGAUAUUAUGAAAAAUUGAAAAAAAAUGAUUAAACAUUUAAAAUGCCUAUUCCGAAGUACUCUGCAAUACACGAUGAUAUUGGGUUGUCUGAUAUUCUUAUGCAUAUGGUAUACAACCAGCGCAGAAAUAAAUUCGCAAGAAAAUAUCAAAGAUAAUUAUUUACUACCGGUCGUGCAAAAUAGUCUGUUACGUUUUAUGAUACGUUUGAAUAGGCUAUUAAUUGAAGAAACCGAUGGCAAAGAGAAUAUUGUAUUUUCACCUAUUAAUAUUUACGAAAUGGCUGUGUUAGUGGCGAUUCGAACUCAUGGCAUAUCCAGGAGGGAGCUUUGUCAUAUGUUAGAGAUUCCGAAAAAUAUCGAAACAAUGAAAGUUCAAAAAGUACUAAAAAAGUUAUUAGAAUACGUGCAUCGACAUUCGAGCGAAGAUUACUCUAGCGGACGUGUCUCGUGGAAAGAUGGAUUACAGUUGAAAGACUGGAAAGUAUUUUUUCCGGAGAAAUUGAACAAGACUAAUGUCGUGGGCAAAGAUAUCGUCACCGAAUUGGUUCAAGCAUGGCUUGGAACAACGACUACCAAAGAUCCUAGCGUACUUAAGGCAGAAAUGGCACAAGUAAUAAAGUUGAUCGUAUCGAGUCCAAUAUAUUUCCACGAAGCUUGGAAAGGAUUUAUGAUAAAUCUACCCCUAAAAGAUGAAUUCAACACAGGCGAUCGCAUCAUCUCAGUUCGAAUGAUAAGCCACAGAAGACAACUGUCCUAUUUGAGGAACGACAAUCUAAAAUAUCAAGCUAUAGCAAUACCUUAUGAAAAUCAUCACUUCGCCUUCUACGCAAUUCUUCCUUAUGAAGGAUACUCGUUAAUCGACUUGGCGAAUAAGUUCGACGAAAAUGAUUUUCACAGCCUAGUCAACAAUUUAUAUAACACCUCCUCCUUGGUGGAGUUGAAAAUUCCGAAUCUCAAUUUCAAAUGGUCUCGACAGAUUAGCUCACUUAUACAAACACUCGGCGCUAAGAAUAUUUUCUCGCAAAUUAUUAUCGACAGAAUGGCUACGAGCUUACAGUUGUCUAUAUCAUAUGAGACAAUAGGUGCUCAGCUAUCUUGUGGUGAUCUUUUUAUGCCCCGUGUGUAUCGUACCCAAAGCUAUAAUCAGAUACCGUCGCAAAAGAUAGUUUUGGAGGAUGUCUGCUUUUCAGAUCAAGACGUGAAUCGAUCUCGAACCCGUCCAGUACUUUUCUAUGUGAAUAGACCUUUUAUGUUCUUCAUUUAUAAUAUUAAUACUAAAAUCGUCAUGUUUUCUGGUUUGGUUAAGGAUCCUACAAAAGUGAAGGUUUUUUAGGGACAUUAUAACCGAUCAGGUACAAUAAGUAGACAAACGAAUGUGUGAGUAUCAAGAGUGAAUUUUGAGCUGAAAAAUGUGUUACAUUAUUAAGUUGUUUUUUUUUUCAAUUUUUGACAUUCAUGUUUACUUAUUUCAUUAAUCAUCAUAUUAUUUAUAUCUACUUCUAUAAUAACAGAUUUCCAAUUUUU